AUGGCGUAUACCACCAACUGGCCGGCCCUUGUUGAGGAGAAGCUCCGGGACCGCGACUCUCGAAUCCCAGCAGAAUGGCGUCUUCCGGAAGAAAUCACCAAGAACAUAUCGCCUACCUCCGAUCUCAACGCCUUCGACCUGCUGCGAACCCACGAGCUUCUGACAGCGGACCAAGUGGGCUUGACAGAGAAUCACACGGUUGAGAGUCUCCUACACAUGAUAGCAACUGGAAGGAUCUCUUCAUUGGAGGUUACGACAGCUUUCUGUAAGCGUGCAGCCAUUGCACAGCAGUUGACAAACUGUUUGACAGAGAUAAUGUUCGCGGAAGCUCUGGAACGUGCAAAGUACCUAGACGAGUAUCUUUCAAGAGAAGGAAAACCUCUUGGUCCGUUUCACGGGUUGCCCAUCAGUGUCAAGGAUUGUUUCAUGGUAAAGGGCCAAGCUGCCACCCUUGGUUAUGUUUCAUAUCUCACGAAGCCUGUCUCGGACCACAAUUCUAUAUUGAUCGACAUCCUCUUGGCCGCUGGAGCCGUGCUUUAUGUCAAGACAAAUGUCCCUCAGACAAUGUUGACAAUGGAAUCAGUAAACCACGUGUUUGGUCGAACCAUGAAUCCGCACAAGUUGAGCUUGACCGCUGGCGGCAGCAGUGGCGGCGAGGGAGCUCUCGUCAGCUUCCGCGGAUCUAUCCUAGGCGUGGGAACAGACAUCGGCGGUUCGAUCAGAGUCCCCCCGGCUUGCUGUGGUGCCUACGGCUUCAAGCCCACCGCGGAUCGCAUUCCAUUCGGGAAACAACAGUUCUCUGCAAGAAAAGGCUCUCCCGGCAUAGUACCGGCGGCAGGGCCGAUUGCGUCCAGCGCUGCAGACCUGUCGUAUUUCUUCAAAGUCGUCAUCCAGAGCAGACCAUGGACCCGCGAUUCUUCCUCGCUAGCUGUGCCGUGGCGACAUGUGCCGCGGAAGUUGCUGAGGAUUGGCCUCAUGCUCGGCGACAAAGACUACCCACUGGCACCACCAGUCACGCGUGCCCUGGAAUCAGCAGCUGCGAAGCUCAGAGCAGCGGGACAUCAUAUCAAGCUGUGCCCGAGUCUGCCGUCGGUUCGAAAGGCGGCGGUCAUUGCUGGGGGCUUUUUCAGCAUGGACAACGAGAUGACGCCCUUGUCCCAUCUGAAAAACGUCGAAGACCCCAUUGCGUCUCUGGCCCAUACUUCGACCAGAAACCUGGUCCAGUCGAGGAAAUAUAAUAUCGAUGAUGUGUGGGACUCCAAUACGGCGCUGAGUGAGUACCGGGAAGAAUGGCUUUGCCAGUGGCAAGCUACGGGAAUGGAUGUGCUGCUGUGCCCUGGUGCUCACGCAACUGCCGUUCCACACGACACUUUCGGUAUGCCGGUGUACACCGUGAUCUGGAAUCUCCUUGACUUUCCCGCCGCCGUCGUGCCAUUUCUCAAGGCCGAUAAGACUGUGGACUCUGUUGGUGGCUAUGAUGCUGCUCCCGUUGACGGUGCGCCGUGCAGUUUGCAAAUUGUCGGAUGGCGCUUCCAGGACGAAGAAGUAUUAAUGGCAACAGAGGUUAUUGAUCAAGCCCUGAGAGCGUAA